GCGGUGGUGGUGGCGGUAGUUCGAGCCUGGGGGGAAAAACUUGCGUGAAAAAUUGUUUUGUUCCCUCCGCGGCUGAGGAGGAGGAGGACCAGGACCAGGACAAGGAUCAGGACCAGGUUAAGCACCAGGAUAGAAUCCGGAACAGGAUCAGGCUUAGGACCAGGUUUAAGACCAGGACCAGGAUUCAGGACCAGGCUGCAUAAUGUGGUCGCUGUCCGUGGUGCUGAACCCACUGCUGUUCCUGCUGCUGUUCGGUUACUGUCCGUCAGUGACCAUCAGGCCAAAGGAGGGGUGGCAGGUGUACAGCUCAGCUCAGGAUGCAGAUGGCCGUUGUGUCUGCACGGUGGUGGCACCUGAACAGAAUCUGUGCUCCAGAGAUGCCAAAGGGAGACAGCUCCGCCAGCUCCUGGAGAAGGUGCAGAACAUGUCGCAGUCGAUCGAGGUGUUGAACCUGCGCACGCAGAGGGACUUCCAGUACAUCAUGAGGAUGGAGAGCCAGAUCAAGGGGCUGCGGUCAAAGUUCCGGCAGAUCGAGUCGGACAGGAAGACGCUCGUCAACAGAAACUUUCAGGAGCUGAAGGGGAAGAUGGAGGCCCUGCAGCCGCUGAUCCCUGUUCUGGAGCAAUACAAGACAGACACGAAGCUCAUCUCCCUGUUCAAAGAGGAGAUCAGGAACCUGUCGGCUGUGUUGAUGGGAAUCCAGGAGGAGAUGGGAGCCUACGACUACGAUGAGCUGCAGAAGAGGGUCCUGAACCUGGAGAACCGGCUUCGUAACUGUAUGAACAAACUCACAUGCGGGAAGCUAAUGAAGAUCACCGGGCCGCUGACGGUGAAAACAUCGGGGACCAGAUUCGGAGCCUGGAUGACCGACCCGCAGGCGUCUCCCAAAAACAACCGGGUCUGGUACAUGGACAGCUACACCAACAACAAGAUCGUCAAAGAGUUUAAGUCCCUCGACGAUUUCGUGGCGGGAGUCGAGUCGAGAACAUACAACCUUCCUUUCAAAUGGGCCGGGACCAACCACGUGGUGUACAACGGCUCGCUGUACUACAACAAGAUGCAGAGCAACAUCGUGGUGCGCUACAGCUUCGAGACGGGCCGCGUGGUCACGCAGAGGGCCCUGGAGUCGGCGGGCUUCCACAACGUGUACCCCUACACGUGGGGGGGCUUCUCCGACAUCGACCUCAUGGCGGACGAGCUGGGCCUGUGGGCCGUGUACGCCACCAACCAGAACGCCGGGAACAUCGUGGUCAGCCAGCUGAACCCCGACACGCUGCAGAUCCUCAACACGUGGAACACGGAGUACUCCAAGAGGAACGCCGGCGAGUCCUUCAUGAUCUGCGGGACGCUCUACAUCACUAACUCCCACCUCACGGGCGCCAAGGUGUACUACGCCUACUCCACCAAGACGUCCACGUACGAGUACACAGACAUCCCCUUUCACAACCAGUACUUCCACAUGUCCAUGCUGGACUACAACGCCCGGGACCGCACCCUGUACGGCUGGAACAACGGCCACCAGGUCCUGUUCAAUGUCACACUUUUCCACAUCAUUAAAACGGAGGACGACUCUUAAGCGGAGGAAACACACACACGUGAAGGAAGCGAGUGAAUUGAAGGUCUCACCUGAAUGUUCUGAUGAAUUUGAUUUAUUUGCUAAGUUAUUUUAUUUCUCUGAUUUAGUUUGGGGGAAGUUAACUUAGCGUCGUCGAUCUGCUUCUCUGUGUUCACACCGUGAGGUUGAAAAUAUUCUCCAACUAAUUUGUCAUUUUGCACUUAGUGGAACAUUCUGCAGGAGAUAUAUUUGGACUCAAUAAUUGCCCUUUUACUUUGCAAAGUUUUAGAAUGACUGAACCGCCGAUGAUUUCUACCGUUUCCCUUUUGUCUAUGAAGUGAAAGCUUUUCCAUGAAGUGAAGCCGUCGUAUUUUUAAUGGUUCUCUCAUCCAGGAUUCACAUUUUUUAUUCAUCCCCCACUUAAUUUAUUCAUGUUUUUCAAUCGUGUUCACUAAUUGUUCAUUUUGUUUCCAUUCUUCCCUUUUUCGCCAUUUGUUCCUCAUCAUCAUUAUCUGCCAGUUUAUUCCAGCCUUUCACCGCCACCAUUUAGCUUUCAAUGCCUCGUUCCACUUUUCCUCUCAGAGGAUUUUUUUGCACUUGACCUUUUACAAGACAACGAGGAACACGCUAAACCGUAAUGAACCUGUGUAGUUAUUGUACUUUGCUGUUUUUCUUUUUGCUGUGUGUGUGUUCACAAAGAUUUCUCAUUCAUGCAGGUCAGAGGACAUCUGCGAGUACUACAUGUAAAGUACAUGCGGAGAACCUGGGCUGCCUUUAAUUAGUACUUUGAGAUGUUGUUUUGUAUUUCCAGCGACGGUUUGUAUGCCUUACUCAGUGCAGUACCUUCUUUAAGCCCAAGGAUAACAGCUCUUGUGCAUGAAUGUUGGCUAUCCCGAUAGCAUUUGUACUGUAACUGUAUAUCUGUGUAUUUUUGUAUUUGCACAACAUCCCCCUCUCCUCCCCUCCAGCUACGACAGAGAUCCAUUUAUAAAGCCAGCAGUAGAGGAACUCACUGGACAUUUGUUGGUGUAACUGAGAAGUUAUACGUAACUUUAAAAACAAUUAAAUAAAAGCAUUGUUUUCAUUAAAGUGGCACUCUGUGUGUAUUUGUGUUCUCGGGACGGCACGUUCACUCGCUCGAGAGGAAAGAAAGGAAAACGUGAAAUGUGUCGAAAGUGAGUUCAUGUUGUGUUGCAUCAUUUCAUUUGACUUUAAACCGGCGUGAGCCCAUUAAAACUUCUGAGCCACAAAGAGAGAGAGUUACUCCUUUGUCCUCUGAAACCUGAACCUGAUACGUGACUGACAUCUAUUUCUUUUACUUAUCGUUUUUUGGGAAGCACAUUGUAACCUUGAUCAGAUAAGUGCCACACAAAUAAAGUUAUUACAAUUAUAAAGUUAUUCUUCUGUUGUCGUUUCCUGAGGCUUUUUAGGACGUGUGUGUUUGUUCCUGUGCUUUGUUUCCUGGUGACUCUCUGUGAGGGAGAGCCAGCGUCCACACACACUUUGUACCGGAGGACUCAUGGAAGCUUCGUGCUCUGGUUUGUGCGUCGGCUUUUGAUUAUUGAUUGUAACUUUCAGCUGCACUGUAUUGAUUGGACCUGUGAUGCACUUCUGUUCUGUACAGUGAGCCCAUGGAAAUACUGUGUUCUGAUGUUCUUUAGUGAAAAGGACUCAACAAAUCAUUUGUAAUCGUGAACGAAGCCUGAUUUGUAAAUUUGUGACCAUGUGAUCAGAUGAAGUUUUACUUAAUAUAUCAAAGUGAAUUUUACUUAUUAAUAACU